AGUGCAUGACUGUACAAAAUAAAUAAAUUCAAAGAAAAUAAUCAAAUAAACAUUUAGUACUAAACGCAAAAUAUAAUGAGGAUGAACCCCAAGUUCACGAAAGAUCAGCCGUCUUGCUCUAUAACAAUUGUGGAAGCACAAAAGAAUCAAAUGGAGUCUUUUUUCGGAUUUCUGGCGGUAGGAAUACUACUAUCUUGGAACAUCCGUGGAUGGUUCUCGUAAUUGGAGAGCAGAAUUGCGGCGGCACUGUUAUCACAUCACGCUACGUUUUGACGGCAGCGCACUGCAUAUUCGAUUCUGAUAUGAUGGUGCGCUUUGGACAUGAUAGAACUCCGAAUUGCAGGUCUUCCAAUAAGUGCACUCAAACGCCCUAUCAAGUUGGUGUCGAUCAGAAAAUUGUUCACAGGAACUUUAACGAUUAUCAAAAUGACAUAGGUCUGCUUCGUAUGGAAAUUGAGGUGGAGUUCUCAGAUUAUGUUAUGCCGAUUUGCCUAGUCGUCAACGAGGAAAUGGAACCCAUUCAACAGUUCAGCGUCACUGGCUGGGGGAAAACUGAAGACGGUCAUUUAAGUCGGGUCCUGAAGACAGCAUCUCUGCAUUAUUUAAAUCCUUCGAUUUGCAGUGAGAAAAUAUGGGAGACAUUAGACCAAUCCCAGAUCUGUGCCGGCAGUAACAGUAGUGACUCAUGUGGGGGCGAUUCGGGGGGCCCUUUGGACGCAAAGAUCUAUUAUAAUGGAAAAUAUUUGACUGCACAGUUCGGUAUUGUCAGUUCUGGAUUGCCAAAUUGUGCCGGAAUCGGGAUUUACACAAAUGUUACGCACUAUAUGGAGUGGAUCGUUACAGCAGUACAAUAUUUUAAGAAGAUGGGUUCAAUGAAUAUCGCAACGUUAUAAUAAAAACAAUUUCAUCGCUUAAUUCAAUGUGUAUAUGAGAAUAUGUCAACUAUAUUUAUAAUCUACAUUUAUUUUAUUACGGUAAAAAAAAGAAUUACGAGUUGUGAAAGAAACAUAUCAAGAUGUUUUAUUUAUUUUUGCCAGACGUGUGGAUUUAUUGAUAACCUUUAUAUGUAUUUAU